CCAAGAUGUCCUACGUGCCACAACAGGUGUGCCAAGGAUGAAAAUGACCGUUUCUUAGAUCAAAAGUAGCAUAAUCAAGCUAUAUUUUUGAAGUUUUUUUUAACGCAGGUAACUUAGUCUUCACUGUACUUUCAUGCUAAUAAAACAAAAUAGUGACAUUUUAGGUGGUUAAUUCAUAAGUGAAUGUUUGAAGUACCGACACGUCAAAGUCGCAGCCGACAGGGGGCGCUGAAAGCAUCACCUACCUAUUGAGUGACAUCCAGCCGAGUGUAGUGGCGCACGAUGUGGGUUAGUUCACUGCCUGGCACCGGCAGCACGCUUCGGAACCACCAGGACUCCCUAACGGGUUGGCGAGCGUGAUUUGACAAACCCGGGUUGUGGUCGUUUCGCCGGGGCGUUCUCUCAUUUCCUCUCCUCUCUUCUUCUCUCGGUACUCUCUGGAGCUCCUCCACUACACCGGGAGAUUGUCUGACAACCAGCCCCGGACAGUCGCUCAGCUCAGGUGGACGCCACAAGCGAAGCCGGGCACCGGAGGUGAGGUGACCAUGCCGGGCUCGGUGCCCAUCACAUGCCGACCACCUCCACUAGGUCACGAGCAGCAAACGGCCCCAGGCGCCGCUCCAACCCGGGAGACGGCAGCGAUGUCCGGCGCAGGUUCACUAGUGCUCCCGGCUGGCAUCAUCGACCCUUCUGUGCCAAUUCGUGACAUCAAAACCAAAUUUCUCGUUCUUACUGGACUAAUUCAAGCUGGAGAGGUUAGCAACCGGGAUAUAGUUGAAACUGUCCUCAAUCUGUUGGUGGUUGGUGAGUUCGAUUUGGAGACCAACUUCAUUAUCCAAGAUGCAGAUGGCAUUGGCUGCCUGCCGGCGCUGCUUGAGCACUGCGACGUCACCUGCCAGGCGGAACUCUGGAGCAUGCUCACUGCCAUGCUACGGAAGAGCAUGCGCAACCUGCAGAUGAGCACAGAGGUCGGCUUGAUCCAACAGGUGCUUCUCAGGAUGAGCUCAGUGGACGACAUGAUUGCAGACCUGCUUGUGGACAUGCUGGGAGUGCUGGCCAGCUACAGCAUCACGGUGAAGGAGGUGAAGCUUCUCUUCAGCAGGCUGCGAGGGGAAGGCGGCCUCUGGCCCAGACAUGCUGUCAAAAUGUUGUCGGUGCUCAAUCAGAUGCCUCAGAGACACGGGCCAGAUGCCUUCUUCAACUUCCCUGGUCGCAGUGCAGCUGCCAUCGCUUUACCUCCGAUCGCCAAGUGGCCUUAUCAGAAUGGCUUCACAUUCAACACCUGGUUCAGGAUGGAUCCCCUGAACAACAUCAACGUGGACAAGGACAAACCUUAUCUCUACUGUUUUCGCACCAGUAAGGGUAUCGGCUACUCUGCGCAUUUUGUGGGCAACUGUCUGAUUAUCACAUCUCUCAAAUCUAAAGGAAAAGGUUUCCAGCAUUGCGUGAAGUAUGAUUUUCAACCUAGAAAGUGGUACAUGAUUAGCAUCGUUCAUGUCUACAGCCGCUGGAGGAACAGCGAAAUCCGUUGUUACGUCAACGGCCAACUGGUUUCUUAUGGAGACAUGGCUUGGCACGUUAACACAAAUGAUAGUUACGAUAAGUGUUUUCUGGGCUCCUCUGAGACGGCCGAUGCAAACAGAGUCUUCUGUGGACAGUUGGGAGCUGUCUACGUGUUUGGCGAUGCUCUGAAUCCCGCACAGAUUUUUGCUAUCCAUCAGCUGGGCCCAGGCUAUAAGAGUACAUUCAAGUUCAAAUCGGAGAGCGACAUCCACCUAGCGGAACACCACAAGCAAGUGUUGUAUGACGGCAAGUUGGCCAGCUCCAUCGCCUUCACUUAUAAUUCCAAGGCCACUGAUGCACAACUCUGUCUGGAGUCUUCGCCACGGGAAAAUACCUCCAUCUUUGUCCAUUCACCCCAUGCACUUAUGCUACAGGAUGUGAAAGCCACAGUGACUCACUCCAUCCACCGCGCCAUCCACUCCAUCGGUGGCAUACAGGUUCUCUUCCCACUGUUUGCCCAGCUGGACUACCAUCAGUUAAACGACAGCCAAGUGGAGAGCACUGUAUGCGCUACUCUCCUGGCCUUUCUGGUGGAGCUGCUUAAAAGUUCUGUUGCCAUGCAGGAACAGAUGCUCGGAGGGAAGGGCUUUUUGGUGAUUGGAUACCUCCUAGAAAAGUCGUCACGGGUGCACAUCACCAGGUCCGUGCUGGAGCAGUUCCUCGCAUUUGCUAAAUAUCUGGAUGGGCUCACGUUUGGGGCGCCCCUCCUCAAGCAGCUGUGCGACCACAUCCUGUUCAAUGCUGGCAUCUGGAUCCACACCCCUGCCAAGAUCCAGCUGUCUCUUUACACGUACCUUUCCUCCGAAUUCAUCGGCACAGCAACCAUCUAUAACACCAUUCGACGAGGCGGCACGGUGCUCCAGCUGAUGCACACGCUCAAGUACUACUACUGGGCUGUCAACCCCGCAGAUGGCAGCGGCAUCACCCCGAAGGGUCUCGAUGGUCCAAGGCCGACCCAGAAAGAAAUCAUCUCUCUGCGGGGGUUCAUGCUUCUCUUCCUCAAGCAACUCAUUUUGAAGGACCGAGGUGUGAAGGAGGACGAGCUGCAGAGCAUUCUCAACUAUUUGUUAACAAUGCAUGAGGAUGAGAAUCUGCACGAUGUGUUACAGUUGGUGGUUGCCCUCAUGUCUGAGCACCCUGCCUCCAUGAUCCCUGCUUUCGAUCAGAGGAAUGGGAUACGGGUAAUCUAUAAACUUAUGGCUUCCAAGAGUGAAAGCAUUCAAGUGCAAUCCCUCAAAGUGCUGGCAUACUUCCUUAAGCAUUUGGGACACAAGAGGAAGGUGGAGAUCAUGCACACUCAGAGCCUCUUCACCCUCCUGGGAGAGAAGCUGCUGCUGCACAAUGGUGCUAUGACGGUGACCACCUACAACACCUUGUAUGAGAUUCUGACGGAGCAGGUGUGCACGCAGGUGGUCCACAAACCCCACCCUGAGCCUGACUCCACCAUCAAGAUUCAGAACCCGAUGAUCCUCAAAGUGAUAGCGACUUUAUUGAAGAACUCUGCUCCCGGCCCAGAGCUGAUGGAAAUCCGCCGCCUCUUCCUUUCUGACAUGAUCAAACUGUUCAGCAGCAGCCGAGAGAACAGACGAUGCUUGCUUCAGUGCUCUGUGUGGCAGGACUGGAUGUUUUCUCUGGGAUACAUCAACCCCAAAAAUGCAGAAGAGCAGAAGAUCACAGAGAUGGUCUACAACAUUUUUCGUAUUUUGUUGUACCACGCCAUCAAGCAUGAGUGGGGAGGCUGGCGUGUAUGGGUGGACACCCUCUCCAUCGCCCACUCAAAGGUGACAUAUGAGGCACACAAGGAGUACCUGGCAAAGAUGUAUGAGGAGUACCAGCGUCAAGAAGAGGAAAACAUCAAGAAAGGCAAGAAGGGUUUGGUCAGCACCAUCUCAGGUCUGUCAGCUCAGACCUCUGGCAUCAAAGGUGCGGUUGAGAUGGGAGAAAUAGAUCGAAACUCCCAGUCGCCGGGAAGCCAGGGAGACAAUGAUGGUGUGGAUUCCCGGAACCUUCUAGCUGAAGGUCGGGGUCCAGAGGCAGGUCAGAAUCCAGGAGAUGGUGUUAGCGUUGAAGCCCAGCACCUUCUCGUGGACAUCAAGGCUGAGAAGGUGGAGGCCACAGAGGUGAAGAUGGACGACAUGGACACUCCGGGAGACUGUGAGAAUGUAGCGCUAAUGGAGGUUGACUCCCUGCUGGACAAUGUUUACUGUGCCGCAGUGGGGAAGCUGAGCGGUGACCUCAGCAGCGUGCUGCUGCCAAAGAGCACCAUGGACGACCAGAGCACACCUCCUCUCAUCACACUGGAUGAUGACAAAGACGGCAUCCCACACAGCAACAGCUUCUUGUUCUGCAAGGCCAACAUGGAAGGUGCUUUGCUGCCUGACUUGAAUCCAGCUCAACCUUUAGUGCCAUCCAGCCCAGAACCUUCACAUGCCUCCAGUGCUGGCAGUGAACUGGGCCUGCUGGUUCACAUGACUGGUAGCUCAGCCUUUGCCUCCUUACCCAACAUUUUGGAAAAGGAUGACUUCGGGAGUUUGGCAGCAUUGGGCAGUAUUAACCAUGUGACUCCUGCUCAAGUUGAGGCAUCCUCUUUCUCCACAAGUCCGGAGGCUGUGGCGCCCUCUGAAGGUGACAUUUCAGCUGGCUGGAGCAGGAAUACCGUUAAUGUGAAUGUCACAAGCAAUGCCUCAGAUGGAAAUGAAAAGAAGAUUCAGACAACCGCUACCACACAGAGUCUAAAUGGCCGCCUAACCACUCCAGUGGAGAGUGUGGACUUCAGAGGCGCGCCCAUGUCUGAAGACCAGCGGCGACAGUUUAGCCCAGGACCUCGCACCACUAUGUUCCGCAUCCCAGAGUUCAAAUGGUCAGCCUUGCACCAGAGACUGCUGGCCGACUUGCUCUUUGCCCUGGAGAGUGACGUCCAUGUAUGGAGAAGCCACUCCACCAAGUCCGCCAUGGACUUUGUCAACAGCAGCGAAAACAUCAUUUUUGUCCACAACACCAUCCAUCUCAUCUCACAGAUGGUGGACAACAUCAUCAUCGCUUGCGGGGGAAUCCUUCCCUUGCUCUCAGCUGCCACCUCUCCCUCUGUGGAGAACAUCGAGGCCAUGCAGGGCAUGUCCUCGGAGACCGCCAUCACAUUCUUGUCCCGUCUGAUGGUCAUGGUGGACGUGCUGGUCUUCUCCAGCUCACUCAAUUUCAGUGAGAUCGAGGUGGAGAAAAACAUGUCUGCCGGCGGCCUGAUGCGUCAGUGCCUGAGACUCGUGUGUUGCAUGGCUGUGAAGAGCUGUCUGGAGUGCAGGCAGAGACACACAGACUUGGGGAAAAAGAUGUUUGUUCCAAACAACAACAAAUGCCAGGAAAUUCUGCCAAAUGCAGUGACCCCCAGCAAGACUAUUUUAGAAAGCCUUCAUAGUAAUGUGUCUCCCAUCAAGGACCCUGAUCAGCUCCUGCAGGAUGUGGACAUCAACCGUCUGCGUGCGGUUGUGUUUCGUGAUGUGGACGACAGCAAACAAGCUCAAUUUCUGGCUUUGGCCGUGGUCUACUUCAUCUCAGUCCUCAUGGUCUCCAAGUACCGAGACAUCCUGGAACCACAACGCGAGACUGCCAGGACAAGCAACAUGCACCAGGAGAUCGACUCAUCGACCAUCACAGAACCACCACAGACGUUUACCAACAGCAAUGACCACUCUUCACCACCAGAGGAGCCAUUCAUUCCCCAUGCAGACUCCACUAUCAGAACAGAGCAGGUCAUCAGCGCUGUUAAUGGAUCUGACCCAGGCUGUGGGGCAGGAGGGCCAGACGCAAUGAGUAAGCUCUUUUCAGGCCUGGCGAAGACGUCCCUGCAAGGUCUGUCUGAGCAGCCAACUGUGGAGGUGAUGAAGCAGCUGCCGCCUUCCUCCUCUGCCCUCGCUAACAAGGGGCUCAAUGUUAAGGAGAUUCUGAAGAGCCUGGUGGCACCGCCUGUGGAGGGCGUGGAGGCUGGACUUGAGCCGGUGUCCUGCCCGGACCCUGCCGUCAAGGCCCAAACCUUUCUGCCCAUGCAGUUUCACUCCUUUGACAGGAGUGUGGUGGUGCCUGUGAAGAGGCCUUCCCAUGGAGGCCUCGCCGUCACCACAGUGGGUGGAAGUCCUUCUUCUGGCCUGUUGGCCCCCAAUAUAUUUGCUGCUGCCUCCGUGACCCCCAAAAGCAUGAUCAACACCAUGGGAGCUGUCGAUGCUGCCGCCGCCGCCACCUCCUCAUCCACGCCCUCCUCCUCUGGUCUCGUCAAUGGCGCCACUAGUAAGAAUCUACCAGCUGUGCAGACAGUGGCGCCUAUGCCUGAAGACACAGUUGAAAACAUGAGUAUUACAUCAAAGCUGGAGAGAGCUUUGGAGAAGGUGGCACCCCUGCUGAGGGAGAUUUUUGUGGACUUUGCACCCUUCCUGUCUCGCACCCUGCUGGGUAGCCACGGACAGGAGCUGCUGAUAGAAGGUCUAGUGUGCAUGAAGUCAAGCACGUCAGUGGUGGAACUUGUCAUGCUGCUUUGUUCUCAAGAAUGGCAAAAUUCCAUACAGAAGAACGCCGGCUUGGCCUUCAUUGAGCUCAUCAACGAAGGAAGGUUACUGUGUCACGCCAUGAAGGACCACAUAGUCCGGGUGGCCAACGAGGCCGAGUUCAUCCUGAAUAGACAGAGAGCUGAAGACGUCCACAAACAUGCUGAAUUUGAGUCCAACUGUGGCCAUUACGCCGCUGAGAGGAAAGAAGAAGAGAAUAUGUGCGACCACCUGAUCAGCGCCGCCAAACACAGAGACCAUGUGACAGCCAAUCAGCUGAAGCAGAAGAUCGUCAACAUCCUCACCAACAAACAUGGCGCCUGGGGGAUGCUGGGCCAGAGGCCGUCACAUGACUUUUGGCGUCUGGACUACUGGGAAGAUGACCUGCGGCGUAGGCGGCGAUUUGUCAGGAACCCGCUUGGCUCCACCCACUUGGACAUCUCGUGCAAAACCCUACAGGAAUACGGUUCAGAAGAUGACGAGUUAGUCAAGUUGAAGAUACCCGUCCUGGCUCAAACCAUUCCAAGCCAGACUCCUGAAACUGAUCUUGUUCUGGAAGGAGACGAUGACUCGGGCGGUUUGUUGCAGGAUAAGGAGACGGACAACUUUGGCGGCCCGGUUGUUCUCAACAGCCCGGCACAGCUCGUCGCGCCAGGCCUGGUGGCCCGGGGGACCCUGUCCAUCACGACCAGCGAAAUCUACUUCGAGGUGGACGAGGACGACCCAGCCUUCAAACGGGUCAGCCCAAAGGUCUUGGCGUACACCGAGGGUCUCCACGGCAAAUGGAUGUUUAGCGAGAUCCGUGCCAUCUUCUCCAGGCGUCACCUCCUGCAGAACACCGCCAUGGAGGUCUUUAUGGCCAAUAGGACAUCAGUCCUCUUCAACUUUCCCGACCAGGCCACUGUGAAGAAAGCCGUGUAUAGUCUUCCUCGAGUGGGAGUGGGCACCAGCUAUGGACUACCUCAAGACAGGCGAAUCUCAUUGGCCAGCCCUCGGCAACUUUUCAAAGCAUCCAACAUGACGCAGCGCUGGCAGAGGAGAGAGAUCUCCAACUUUGAGUACCUCAUGUUCCUCAACACCAUUGCAGGCCGGACUUACAACGACCUCAGCCAGUAUCCCAUUUUUCCCUGGGUCCUCGCCAGCUAUGACGCAGAGGAGCUGGACCUCACCCUGUCGGCCAACUUCAGAGAUCUCUCCAAGCCUGUGGGCGCUCUCAAUCCAAAGCGCGCCGCCUUCUUCACCGAGCGCUAUGAGUCAUGGGACGACAAUCGGACGCCACCUUGCCAUUACCAGUGUCACUGCUCCACCGCUGCCUCCACUCUGCAUUGGCUCAUCAGGAUGGAGCCGUUCACCACCUUGUUUCUAAGCGCCAAUAAUAACAAAUUUGACCACCCAGACCGCAUUUUUUCAUCCAUUGCACACUCAUGGAGGAAUUGUCAGCGGGACACCUCGGAUGUGAAGGAGCUAAUUCCAGAGUUGUUCUACCUGCCAGAGAUGUUGGGCAACACAAAUGGAUACCAUCUUGGGAUGCGUGAGGACCGCGUCAUGGUGGGUGACGUGGACUUGCCGGCCUGGGCCAAGACUCCUGAGGACUUUGUGAGGAUCAACAGAAUGGCCCUGGAAAGCGAGUUUGUGUCAUGUCAGCUGCAUCAGUGGAUUGACCUUAUUUUCGGCUACAAGCAGCGAGGCCCCGAGGCGGUACGCGCACUCAACGUCUUUCACCACCUGACCUACGAGGGCGCUGUGAGCCUGGACGCAAUGACUGACCCUUUGAUCAGAGAGGCCACGGAGGCUCAGAUCCGGAGCUUUGGACAGACGCCAUCUCAGUUGCUUAUUGAGCCACAUCCUCCACGCAGCUCCGCCAUGCACCUGAGUCCGCUGAUGUUCAAGGAGCAGAUGCAGCAGGAUGUCAUCAUGGUGCUGAAGUUUCCCUCCAAUUCUCCGGUGACGCACGUGGCCGCCAACACGCUGCCUCAUCUCACCGUGCCGGCUGUGGUCACCGUCACGUGCAGCCGUCUCUUCGCCGUCAACCGCUGGCACAACACGGCCGGUCUGAGAGGAGCACCAGGCUACUCUCUGGAGCAGGCCCAUCAUCUCCCCAUAGAGAUGGACCCCCUGAUUGCAAACAGCGCUGCGAGCAACAAGCGUCAGAUCACAGACUUAGUGGACCAGAGCAUCCAGAUCAGCACCCAGUGCUUCGUGGUGACAGCUGACAACCGUUACAUUCUGGUGUGCGGAUUCUGGGACAAGAGCUUCCGUGUGUACUCCUCGGAGACAGGAAAGCUGACCCAGAUUGUGUUCGGCCACUGGGAUGUGGUGACGUGUCUGGCCAGGUCGGAGUCAUACAUCGGGGGGGACUGCUACAUCGUGUCCGGCUCCAGAGACGCCACUCUUCUUCUGUGGUACUGGAGCGGCAGGCAUCACAUCAUUGGAGACAACCCUGUCAACACUGAUUUCCCGGCGCCGCGAGCCGUCCUCACGGGUCACGACCAGGAAGUGGCGUGUGUGGCGGUCUGCGCAGAGCUGGGUCUGGUCAUCAGCGGGGCCAAAGGUCAGAAGAUGUCCUCCACACGCCUCUUUACCCUCCCUAUCUCUAUUGUGUUUUUGCUCCGGUAUAUGUAUGUGUUGCUGUUAGAUGGUCCAUGUCUGGUCCACACCAUCACGGGAGACCUCCUGCGAGCUCUGGAGGCUCCUGAGCACUUCCGAUGCCCCCGACUCAUCUCGGUGUCCAGUGAGGGUCACUGCAUCAUCUACUACGAGAGGGGACGCUUCUGCAACUUCAGCAUAAACGGCAAACUGCUGGCCCACAUGGAAGUCGGUGACAGCACCAGGGCCAUUCUCCUGAGCAGUGAUGGCCAUAAUCUGGUGACGGGCGGCGACAACGGCGUGGUGCAGGUGUGGCAGGCGUGUAACUUCAAGCAGCUUUACAUGUACCCAGGCUGCGACGCCGGCAUCAGAGCCAUGGACCUGUCACAUGACCAAAGGACUCUGAUCACAGGCAUGGCUUCUGGAAGCAUCGUAGCGUUUCACAUCGACUUUAACCGCUGGCAUUACGAGCACCAGCACAGGUACUGACUGAGGACGAUCACACUCCCUGGCAGGCAAGCCAAGAGACCACGCGGGGACAGGAUGGAUAUAUAGCUGGGAUAUGAACCUCAGUGGCCAUUGAGAACAUCGCAAAAGGAAACCGCAAGUGACAGGACGCAGGUACACAAGAACACAAGAACUUGUAGUGAAAUGAAGACGUCUCACUUUUCUAGGCACUAAAUAUGUACAUAUGCAACAUGUUUCCUGCUUUCUUUCGUGAAGACCUGGUACUGAACACAAACUGGUACAUUAGAGUCCAUGUGAGGCACUGCAGACACUCAAAGCAGGAUGCUGUCAUUCAUGUCAAAUGUGCAUUUUUAAAAAAGACAGAAAAACAGCAAUAAGAUUUCUCACAGUGACGGGACCAUUUAGUUUCCAUGGUAGUGGAAGACUCCUAAAUACGGCCCGCCUAAACAAACACAAAAGGUGGAGUAAGGACGGAAAUUAAUGUGACAUUUACAGGAGAGGAAAUUAUUAGGCCGACUUGGAUUUUUGGAUUUUCCCCUAGUCAUCGUGUAUUUAGGUCAUGCGAAAAGGACACAAUCAAGCAUCCGUGCUUUCAUUUGCAGAUGUGCUCAGUGGGGCUUUUAGGAGUAAUGACAGCGCAUGUGAGUUUUAUGAUCACAUUUACUCACUCAGGUUCAAUGGAUGUCUUUAUAAAAAAAAAAAACAACACUCCGACCGUAAGUAUACAUGUCUCAGUAAAUCGUGAUCAAAUUCCAUUGGUGCUUUAACACUGCCAUCUAGCGGUCAUUAGGUGAGUACGCCACAUAGAUGAAGAGAAGGCAUUCAGACAUGCAAAUGCUGGACAUAUGACUGCAUUUCACUGUUAUUUCUGAAUUCCACUUUAAUUGUCAUGAAGCACCGAUAGAAAGCAGCGUUCCAAACAGGCUGUGUUCUGUCACUCUAACAUGACAACAUUGUAUGCAGUGGACAGGGGACACGGGGAAACAUGCAAGGACUGUAUAAAAUAGCUUUCUUUAUAUUGUUUCUGUUUUUGACUAGGAAUGACAUUUAAUGUUGCCGACUUGGUUUGUACGCAUUCCAUGUGGCGUUUAUUUGCACAUUAUCAAUGUGUUUGUGUGAUAAAGAAAGCUCCCAUUUAUUGUGUGACUGUCAAAAAUAUGUUUUUUGUCCAAUGUGAAAUAACUGUUUUGGAUCAGAAAAAAAAUGGAAGUGAAAUUGUGUAUGUGGUAACGCUGUUAAAGACGUCAUUUUGUAAACGGGACACUUUUUAUUUCAAUGUUUUUUGGGUCAUUGGUACUUUUUAACAGUAAACAUUUAGCUUCAUGUGCACUGGGAAGCAAUACUGUGGUUUAAAGAUAAGGUAUUUACUAUCAGUUUGUUGGCAUUGCCACAAUGAAAUUAUGCAAGUACUGUAGAAUCAUUAUGUAGCAGGAAAAACGCUACUGAAGGAAAAUGGCUUAAUAUGGUUUUCAUUUGUUUUUAUAUGUAUAAAUUAUAUUAAUUUGUUGACAUGUAGCAGUGAAUUUACUUGAGUACUCAUUUCAAAAUGUAUUUAUAUCAUAGCAGAGUCUGUAUGAAUGCCAUGAUGUUAAAUUGAGGAUUAUUUACAUUCAUUUGACUGUACUCCCAUUAUUUAUAUUUUAUUUGCGUUUAUAAAUUAAAACAAAAAUUGUAAUAAAAAUGUUUUUCUUUUUGAGGAACAAAAUCAUGUGUAUCAAAGUAGCUGACAUCAACUGAGACCCUGUCCAUGCGGAAAUGCGAGUUGAAAACAUUUGCUUUCACACAAUGUGUCGGAUUUGGGUGAAAACGACGUAAUAAGUAAGGCACACCUAUCUGUGGUGCUAUAAACAGACGUGCAGACAGAAACAAGUGACAGCAACAGAAGAAGAAAGAACGGCCACGCCUAAAGUCAGUCAUUUUCUGCUUUACAAGAUGACCAAGUGGAAGUACGUUUACGAGUCAUUUUGGAGUACGACACAAAAAAUAUCAGGGGAAUGUCGACUAGGGAGAGACAUGCCAGUCCAAGUAUUCAGAUAUUUUCUUGGCUUGUCACUUGUUGGUCACGAGACAAUGACGGGAGCAGUGUGCUUGUCUCCAUGGAAACAAUUUCCCCACCCUUGAAGCCAUUUCAGGGCACCAAGAAUGCUGUUAAUACUUUGAC